GAUGAAUCGAUAUCAUUCAGCAACAACUAGUCUAAUCAACGAUGAGAAGUAUUCUUCUUGUAGCAUUUGGCCUUCUGGCCAUAGCUGCCCUCAGCUCCGCCAGGGAGAUCCGCGAAAAGCGGUCCGCUGACCUGGAAGCUGCCGCGUCUGGCCAUCACUGGGAUAAGGGUGGCGGCCACGAGCACCAUGGACAUCACCACGGCGAACAUGGUGGGCAUCACCAUAAGGGACACAAGGGCCACCAUGAAGACCAUCACGGCCAUCACGGACACCACCACCACGAGGGACACAAAGGUCACCACGACGAGCAUGGCGGACACAAGAAGCACCACCAUCAUGACGAAGGCUACCAUGACCACCACCACCACGGAGAGAAGGGCGACCACGGCCAUGGACACGACGAGCACGGCCACUGGCACAAGGGACACGACACAAAGGGACACCACGGCAUCGAGAAACACGAUGAGUUCAAGAAGGACAAGCACUUCCACGACCACCAUGGCGAGAAAGGCUUCCAUGAACACUACGGCGGCCACCACCACGAAGGCGAUUACAAGAAGGGAGGUCACUUCCACAAGGGACACAAGCACGGCGGACACCACGAACACGACCAUGGCAAGCAUGGCCACCACGAGGAAGGCGGUCACCACCAUCACCACAAGGGACACCACGAUGAGGGUGGCCACCACGAGCACCACCACCACCACCACGACCAUGGCAAGAAGGGAGGUCAUGAGCACCACAAGCACUGGGGACACAAGAAGGGCCACUAACCUGUUGCUCAAUGUACCUGUACUGAUAUUUGUUGAUUUUAUGUUAUAUACGAGUAUUUUUGUUAUGUUUAUACGAAACAAAAUUAAAUUUUAUACAAAAUAAC